UGAUUGAAUAUAUAAUUGUCAAACACAAAAUUUUGAAGUGGCACAAUAUAUUUUAACGUCAGUGCGUAUUGGAAAUUUAAAAUUUAAUCAUGGUCAAUAUUGGGAUCAAUGGAUUUGGGAGAAUAGGGCGUCACGUUCUUCGGGCAUGCAUUCGAAAAGGUCUCAAGGUGGUAGCUAUUAAUGAUCCCUAUUUAAAACCUGGUCACAUGGCGUACUUGUUCAAGUUUGAUUCGGUUCAUGGGAGAUGGGAGGGCGAGGUAAAAUGUAUGGACUGUUUUCUCGUAAUUGAUGAACAAAAAUUAUUCGUGACUAGCGAAAAGAACCCAAGCAAAAUCCCAUGGGCACAACUGGGCGUGGAAUACGUUGUGGAAGCAACAGGUGUCUUUACAUCUUGUGAGAAAGCUUCGAUGCACAUUGACGGUGGCGCAAGGAGAGUCAUCAUUACAGCCCCUUCUAGCGUGCCCACUUUUGUGGUGGGGGUCAAUCACGAUAAAUACGACACCGACAUGGACGUCAUAUCCACGGCCAGUUCCACCACCAACUGUCUGGCUCCACUGAUAAAAGUCAUGCACGAAAAUUUCGAAAUUAGCGACGGCCUUAUGAGUGCAAUUCACGCAAUGACCCCUAACCAGACAAUCGUCGACGGGCCGACGGGAAAAAGAUGGCGAGACGGCAGAGGGGGACUUCAAAACAUCGUUCCCACUUCUACAGGAGCGGCCAUAAGUAUCGGGCAGGUUUUUCCCGAUCUUCAAGGGAAAGUGACGGGAAUGGCUAUGAAAGUACCUGUUGCAGACGUUUCUGUCGUCGAUUUAACCGUUCGAUUGAAAAACAAUGCACCAUACGACGAAAUAAUGUGUAAAAUAAAAGAAGCCUGUGAUGGCUACCUGAAAGGAAUCAUGGGCUACACCGACCAUCAGGUGGUGUCAUCUGAUUUUAUAGGGGAUACUCGCUCCUGCAUCGUCGAUUGCAGAGCAGGAAUACCUUUGAAUUCGAAUUUUGUAAAAAUGGUAGCCUGGUACGACAACGAAUACGGAUAUGCCUGUCGAAUAAGCGAUAUGUUGGACUACAUGAGCAGCAGAGAAGCUUGCCCUUGCUAAGUAAAGAUCGAAAAGUGAAUUUGAUGUGUUUAAAUAUAUAUCAAAUAAUAAAGCAACGCAAAAUUGUUUGUCUUCA